AUGCGCAGUCCCAUCCCAGGCCUGGGCAGGGUGAUGGUGUUACUCACAGCAGCCCUGGCAUCAGCCUCCUUCACCAUCUCCGAGGGCUGGGGAGAGGAAGGUGUGCAGUACGGACAGGUGGGGACAGACGUGACCCUGUCAUGCGCCAGUGCCCGCGCCGGCUCGCCGGUGCAAUGGAGACGGGCGGGCGCCGCAGCGCUGCCAGAGGGCUCGGCCACCCGGGAGGGAGCCCUGGGGCUGCCCACGGGUGGGCUGGCGGUGGCCACACCUCUGGCAGGGGCUUGAGAAGAAGGAACUUUGCAGUGACAUGGGGGUCCCUGCGUGCUGGCUGGGCUGCAGGAUGGGGGAACCUCUCGCUGACCAUCACUUUGCCCUGGACCCCCAGACGUGCCGGGAGUCCCCUUUGUGUCCUGCAGAGCAUCUGACUACGAGAAUUUCUCCUGCUCCUGGACCUCCAGUGUGGAGACCUUCCUCCCCACCAGAUACAUCACCACCUACAGGAAGAAAUUGCUGACGGGUGAAGAGAAACGGAGGAACAAGAAUGGGUAUGUCGGGCCGUGCCUGCAGGAUCCAUCCCGCCCCGGCACGUGCACCGUCCAUGGCUCGGAGUUCUGGAGCUCCUACCGCCUGAACAUCACUGAAAUGAACCCCCUGGGCUCCAGCUUCCGCCUCCUCGAUGUCACCAUGCAGGCCAUCAUUAAACCAGACCCUCCGGAGGGCUUGGUGGUGGAGCCCAUCCCGCUAGCUCCACGGCGGCUCCACGUGAGCUGGAAGUACCCUUCAUCCUGGCCCAAGGAACCCCACUUCCAGCUCAGGUUUCGGCUCCAGUACCGGCCAGUCAUCCACCGCUCCUGGUCCGUGGUGGAGACAGUAAACCUGUCAGAGGUGAUCACAGACGCUUUUGCUGGGCUCGAGCACGUGGUCCAAGUCAGCGCCAAGGAUUUCCUGGAUGCGGGGAACUGGAGCGAGUGGAGCGCCGAGGCCCGGGCGACGCCAGUCAGAGACCUGGCCACCACAGUGAGUGAAGAAACCACUACAGAUGCCAGCCUGGGGAGCCUGGCUGAGGAGGUCUCCCAGGCUCCCAACCCUGAGCCCAUCAACCACAGUGACUCCUUGGAGAAGAUGGCUGUCCUGGUGUCCCUCGGGAUCUUCGCCUUCUUUGUCCUGGCUGCAGUUCUUGUCGUCAUCAUCCUCAUAUGGCUCCGGGUGAGGAAGAAUGGCAAGGACAAGACCAAACCCCACAGCUUCUUGGUUGCUGCCACCCACCUGAAGGCACUGCCAAUGCCGAGGGGGACCAUGGAUGCAGGCUCCCGGGAGUGA